AAAAAUUCGGUAAAUUUUUUUUGAAGCUAGAAAUCAAGUCUUCAUAUUCAACUCAAUUUAAAUUUCAUCCCAUCAACAAUGAAAAUGAAGGACCAUCUAAAGAAAUGAAUUUUUUUCAAGCUAUAACUAAUGCAUUGGAUACUGUAUUAGCAAAUGAUAAAACAGCUGUGAUAUUUGGAGAAGAUGUUGCAUUUGGGGGUGUAUUUAGAUGUACUGCUGGACUUAGAGAAAAAUAUGGCAUUGAUAGAGUUUUUAAUACUCCACUAUCAGAACAAGGGAUAGCAGGAUUUGGUAUUGGAUUGGCUGUAGCUGGAGCUAAGGCCAUUGCAGAAAUUCAAUUUUCAGAUUAUAUCUUUCCAGCAUUUGACCAAAUAGUAAAUGAAGCCGCCAAAUACAGAUAUAGAUCUGGUGGUGAUUGGUGGUUAAGAGGGGGGUUGAUUAUCCGAACACCUUGCGGAAGUGUUGGACAUGGAGCACUCUAUCACUCACAGAGCAAUGAAGCUUUUUUCUCCCAUGUUCCAGGUUUAAAGGUCGUUAUACCAAGAGGUCCCACAACCGCUAAGGGUCUUUUAUUAGCUUGCGCCGAUGACAAAAACCCUUGCAUAUUUUUGGAACACAAAUCCCUCUACAGAGCGGCAGUUGAGUCAGUUCCGAUCAAAGAUGAUUAUCGGGUGGAAUUGAGCAAGGCCGAAGUAAUCAAGAAAGGUAGUGACGUAACCCUAUUGGCCUGGGGCACUCAGUUACACGUGAUGCUGGAGGUGGCCGAAAUGUGUUCGAGUCAACACGGCAUACAGGCCGAAGUUAUCGAUCUCCAAACUAUUCUCCCGUGGGACAAAGACACCAUUUUCAAAAGCGUUUGCAAAACGGGGCGAUUGAUCAUAUCGCACGAAGCACCAGUGACCUCGGGUUUUGGUGCCGAAAUAGCUGCUGAAGUACAAAAAGAAUGCUUCUUAAAUCUUAAAGCGCCGGUACAAAGGGUAUGCGGGUACGACACGCCUUUCCCACUCAUCUUUGAACCUUUUUAUUUGCCCGAUAAAUACAAGUGUCUUCAAGCCGUCAAAGAAAUCAUGCAAUAUUGAUUUUUUUUACUAGAUAAAAAAGGGGGAACUUUAAAUUAGGAACCAAAAUAUUAUAUUUAAAAGCGAUCAGUCAAAACUCUAGAUUUUUUAAAGUAUAAAAUGCUAUUUAAGGUCUUAAUUAGAUUUUUUCAAACAAUGGUUUCCUGAUUUUGCUUAACACCUCCCCUAAAAUUCUAAAUAAGUUCUGUGAUCGUAUUAUUAUAAACAGUAUUUUAUUUAUGAUAAUAUAAUUUAUAAAAUAUAAACAAACGAAUGUUUUUUUUAUUAUGUUUAUCCAUCUUAGUAUCAGGUAAGGCUAAAAUAUAUAAACCGCCCAUUUUAAAUAUUAUUCCCAGUGAAAUAAAUUUUGGUAAAUAAUGGUAUUAUUACUACUAACAUUCUUUCUUAUAAUUCAAAGUAAUUCGGUUAGAAUUAUAUUCAACAAUUAACUAUAUAUAUUAUUUAUUUUUUUAAAAAGCUAUUUUAUUUUAUAUUGAACUCGUAUUUUUAUAAUAUACAG